GGGGGAGGACCGGCGGAACCGGGGUCCGGGUGUCCGCGCAGGCGCGGGCAGAGGGGGCAGCGCACAGGCGCGGCGGGUGCCCCCUAACGGCGGCGCUGCCCCCCCCACCCUCCGCUGUCCCUAGGACCGCGGGUUCGAGUCCCGGCGCUGCCAGGUCGCGGGGGUGCGGGUGGUGGCUGACCUCGGUUGUGCCACUGCAGGGAGCUGGGAGAGGUGAAGAUGUCCGUCCUGUUCUCCAGCACCACGCUGAGGCUGCCGCCCGGCUUCCAGAACCUGCUGGAGGGGCUGGCGCUGGAGGUGCUGCGGGCGCAGCCCCCCGACAUCGUGGCUUUCGCUGCUCAGCACUUCCAAACGCUGCUGGAGCAGAGAGAGGCCACCUCAGCUGACCCAGUGGUGUGGGGAGCCCGGCUGGAGGAGCUUCUCGCCCAGCCCUCUUCCCAGGAGCCGGAGAAGGACAAGGACAAGGAGAAGGGCAAGGAGGAGGCUGGUGGUGCUGCACCCACGGAGGGAGCCUGCACGAAGCUGGACGAGGACAUCCUGGACAUCCCCUUGGACGAUCCCGACGCCAACGCGGCGGCCGCCAAGAUCCAGGCCAGUUUCCGUGGCCAUAUGACCCGUAAGAAGAUCAAAGGGGGCGAGAUCGAUCGGAAAACCAAGGACGCCGAGUGCGCCAACAGCACCCGCGGCGGCGACCUCCGCAACGGCGACUAGGCUCCUCCCGGCGCCCCCGGACCCCCCCCUCCGCCGCCGCCGCCGCCCGCCGAGGCCCCGGAGCCGCUUCUCGCCCCGUCCCCCGCAUGCGCCCGCCGGGGCCCCCCCGCAGCCCGGCCCCGCCCCCCCGGAGCCCCCGACCCCAAUAAAGGUUCCUGCGGAGCGCGCUGUCCCCGCGCCUUAUGACGUCAC